AUGGACCAAGCUGUCCUUGAUGAUUUGGACUUGGUUGUCCAUAACUGGUCUGAUUAUAACCGUAUUUACUAUCAUCCUCGGUCUGUUAAUCCUAUUGUUACUCAUCAAAUGGACAAUGACAUCACACCAUUUGACAAUUAUACGAUUGGAAGACAAGCCUAUGUCGAGAAUGAAAAGGAAGUCGAUAUCUUUGAAGAUAAUUUUCGGUUCUUUGUGGAAGAGUGUGAUCGUCUUCAAGGAUUUCAUCUUUUGACUGAUGUCGAUGACGCUUUUGGUGGAUUCACUGAAGGACUGUUGCAUCAUAUACGGGAUGAGUUUGCAAAGACACCUAUUAUCACAUUUGGCAUGUCUGAUUCUUUUGCGCCUUAUAGAACACAACGUCAUCAACAGAAAAUCAUGCUCAACAGAUCUUUGGGAUUGACUCGUCUUGCUGAAUUAUCAAGCAUUUAUCAAUGUGGAUUGUCACCUUAUGUUCAAUUCAAUGAAAUGUCUAGAUACCAUACAAGUGCCAUGAUUGCAGCCGCUUUAGAGACCCAUUCUUUGCCUUAUCGAUUAAAGCAAAAUUCAAUCACCAUGGCAGAUACAGUGAGUCAAUUAAAUUGGGUCAGAAAUACUCGCUUGGCUGCAUUGUCUGUCUGUUUGCCUUUGCCCAUCUUGAAGACAGGAUAUACAGAUACUUUAAACAUGCUGAAACCAAAUGAAAUGAAGCCUAUGCUAUCAUUGUUGGAUAAAGUAUCUAAAGAGAUGAAAAAAGAUGUUUAUGGAGAAGUGACUGUGGCAAGAGGCUUAUUAGACAAUCCUCAAGAUCAAGAGCGUUAUUUAGAGAGUCUGUAUGCAGACUUCAAAGAUACCAAUGAUCCUCUUCAAUCUCGUUUUAGUCUUGACUGUCCUCUGCCGCUUCCUGACUCUUAUCCUCGUCUGUUCACUUCUCGAGUCAAUUUGGAUGGCUUUAUUGAUCCAAGGCUUUCAACAGAACGUCCUCAGCAAGCAAGUGUGCUUACUCAUCUUGCUUCUGGUUCUGAGCUAAAAGCAAGCAUAGACCAACAUGUAUUCAACAUGAAUUCGAUCCACAUCAAUGACUUUUGGGAAUACACACAAGGCGAAUAUGGUCUGAGCAGAGAAGACUUUUUAGAGACCAAAGAGAAAUUGAUGACUUUAUCUGAUGUUUAUAAUACAGAAGAUGAUGAUAUGAUGUUAUAA